GUUUAGCGAUGACAGGAUGAUAGUCAAUUAAAAAGGACACGAAUAGUGCCAGAAGACACAGACCUGUCCUACUUUCGUAGAUUCUUCCCUUCAUUACCUCGUUACGUAUGAGCACUGAAACAUAAUAAAAAAUAAGUCAACAUCAAUCGAUAAUGGCAGACGAAGAUUUUGAAGAAGAAUUGCAAAAACCAUUCGCAGUGGAACGAGCAAAAACAGGCAGAGCCAAAUGCAAAAAAUGCAAAUGUCCAAUUGAUAAAGAUUGUGUUAGACUUGCGAAAAUUAUGAAAAAUCCUUUUGGUGAUGGAACUAUGAAAAGUUGGCAUCACAUAAAUUGUUUGUUUGAAGUUUUCGCCAAACAGAGAGCGACUACAAAAAGAAUUGACGAUCCUGAGGAAGAUAUAAGCGGUUGGAAUGAACUUGACGAAGAAGACAGGAACAUUGUCCUUGAGAAACUCGAGGAAUUUAACAAAAAUACGCCUUUCAAGGGAUCUAAACAACAAAAGGUUUCGAAUGAAAAAAAGCCAAAUAUUAAAACUCCGAUGAAAGUAACGUCACCAAAAGUUGAAAAGGAGAAAAAAACAAAAAUCAUUGACAAAUCAAAUGAUGAGAAAAAGCCAUCUAAGGACGAUAUGUUUCGUGAAUUUCGACGAGUUUGUUUUGCCAUUACCGAGGUUAGUGCAUACACUGAAAAAACUGCCAUCGUGAAAAGAAUGUUCACUAAAGGUUCCACAGGAGAUGGAUUUCAAAGCGAUAUCGUUAUGUGGUGUAAAUUGUUAUUACCUGGAACUGCAAAGAGAAUAUAUAAUCUACAAAGUAAGCAGCUAAUUAAACUCUUUGCAAGAAUAUUAAAACAGGACGAAAGCUCAAUGCUUGAACAUUUAGAACAGGGAGACAUUGCAGACACAAUUACUGAAUUUUUUGGAAGUAGUGAAGCUAUACGACCUAAUAUCAAAAGUGUAAUCACAAUACAGGAGGUGGAUAAAUUUUUGAUAAAACUGUCAACAUUGACCAAGGAGCUUGAUCAAAUGAAUCAUUUCAAGUCUUUUAUCGUUAGAUGCACUGAAAAUGAUUUAAAAAUUAUCAUCAGAUUAAUUAAACACGACUUGAGGAUUAAUGCAGGACCGAAGCAUAUACUCGAAGCUAUUGAUAAAGAUGCAUAUACUGCGUUUCAAUUGUCAAAUGAUUUGGAAGCUGUGAUUCAACGUUGUUUAGGUGGUCCUUCAUCUUCAAAUUCUGAUAAAACUUCUGGUUCUGAUUCUAAAAAUGAUUUAAUACAAAAAAAAGUGUCUCUCACAAUAAUGACGCCAGUUUUACCAAUGCUGGCAGAAGCUUGUAAAUCUGUUGAAAUGGCGAUGAAAAAAUGUCCAGAUGGAAUGUUAUCAGAAGUCAAAUAUGACGGUGAAAGGGUACAAGUUCAUAAAAAAGGCAACGAAUUUCGAUAUUUCAGUCGAUCUUUAAAACCUGUCAUGGAGCAUAAAGUGAAGAUGUUAAAAGAUUUCAUUCCCCAAGCGUUUCCAAACGCUAAUGAUUUAAUUUUGGAUGCAGAAAUUUUAAUGAUUGACACGAAAACUGGACAACCUUUGCCAUUUGGUACAUUAGGAAUUCAUAAGAGAGCCGAAUUUAAAGACGCAAAUGUUUGUCUGUUUGUGUUUGAUUGUAUUUACAUGAAUGGCGAAAUACUUCUAAACAAAACGAUGAAAGAAAGGCGAGAGAUUCUUGAGAAAAAUUUGACAGAAAUUCCUAAUCAUAUUAAACUUUCCGAAAUUAAGGAAAUAAACAAACCAAAAGACUUGGCAGAAAUGAUAGCAAAAGUUUUGAAAAUGGGCCUUGAGGGAUUAGUUUUAAAAAGUAUAAAUAGUAAAUAUGAACCUGGAAAACGACAUUGGUUGAAGGUAAAGAAGGAUUAUUUAUGUCAUGGCGCGAUGGCUGAUACCGCAGAUCUCGUGGUUCUCGGUGCCUGGUAUGGAACUGGUCAAAAAGGUGGUAUGAUGUCUAUUUUUCUUAUGGGAUGUUACGAUACCGAUAGAGAUAUUUGGCUCACAGUAACUAAGGUUCAUACUGGUCACGAUGAUGCCACGCUGGAAAAACUUCAAGACGAACUUGAUAUGGUGAAAAUAGGAAAGGAUCCGAAUCUUGUUCCAAAAUGGUUGCUAGCAAAUAAACCAAUGAUACCAGAUUUUGUAGCGAGAGAUCCGAAGAAUCAGCCAGUUUGGGAAAUUACAGGUGCAGAAUUUACAAAUCAAGGUGUACAUACGGCUGAUGGCAUUAGUAUUAGAUUUCCAAGAGUAACUCGAAUUAGAAGUGACAAAAAUUGGGAAACCGCUACAAAUCUAAACGAACUUCGAAAUCUUUUCAAGAAUAGCGCUGAAUCAACUGAUUUUUCCCUUCUUUUAAAUUCGACUAGCAGCAGCAAUGAUUCUAGCGAAUCUCCAACAAAAAAAGCAAAGACUACGAUGAAGAACGAAAAAAGAGAGAAAAAAAAUUCUAAAGAUUUGAGAACAUUGGACACAUUUGUAAAAAAAGAAAUAAAAAAUGAAUCAAAUUCACCAGAAAAAAGUCCAAAGAAGCGGCUAAAAAUUGAAGAGGUCAAGAAACAGCGUGAGAAUAUCAUAAAAGACGAUUCUUUCAUUGAUACUUCGGACGAGGAAAAAGUGAAACAAGAAUUGGACACCAUUACCUCGGAUAAGGAUAAUUUGAAAAUGAAAAAAGUAAAAAAAGAAGAAAAAUAUGAAACAGACGAUCAUAAAUAUAAAAAAGAAUUCACUCGAAAAAGAAAAGUGUCUGGAGAAAAAAUUGAAAUUGGAGAGUCUAGCAAAAGUUUUCAAAUAAUUGAUGAAAAUGAACCAAAAUUCUAUUCGUUUCAUGGAAAUGAUUACAUUGAAUACAAUGAAAAAGGAAUUCCUUUGAAUUGGAUAGAAGGGAGAAAACCACCAGAAGUUUUGCCAAGAAAUGCAAAACCUCUGUCUGAGCUCGAUAAAAAAGAAUUGAAUAUUAAAUGCGCCUUGAGGAAUAUUCGAGUUACUUUCGCCAAAGAUUACAAACGCAAAGAAAAAAAAAAACUUGAAAGAACAUUAAAAACUCUCGGUGCAACAAUUCUUGAUGAUGAGGAUUUAUCCACAGCGACCCAUAUGAUUCAUAGCAGUGCAAAAGUCCCUGCCACGAUUCUUCAGGAAAAUAAUGGCGUACCAACUUGUGUGAGGCAUGUUCACCAAUCAUGGGUGGAAAAUUGUGCUUUAGAGUCGAAAAUGCAGGAUCCCACCAUGUACGCUGUAAUUUUGAGUGGCGUUUAUUGCACUUGUCCCUGUCCUCAUAGAAGAUGAGGACAAGAUUGAGAAAUUGCUGAACAAAUUUUAUAGUUGAACUUUUUUUCGAAACUACAAGGAUAAUAUAUUUAUAAUGAAUAUCAAUGGUAGAAAAUAUUUUUCGUAACUGAGAUUUUUUUUAAUUAUACAUUAUACAAUUAAUUUAUACAAUUUAUAUAUAGUGGAGAAUACAAAGUAAUAUUUACAAUAUUUUUUGUUGUUGAAAAUAUUAAAAGAUUGUUAGCAUCUUUUUUUUUUUUAUCAUUUUAGCUUACAAAAAAGGAGGUGAAAAUUAAUAACUAAUUAAUAUGCUUUAUACAGGAAUGAUUAUUAAGAAAUAAAUAAUUUUUUGUUUUUUAUAACAACAAAAA